GUGCAUUCCGAGACGCGGACGCGAGCGGGCGUCUGUGCGUUCCAAUUUUGAAUUCGAGUUGUGUUUUGUUUUUUGUUUAUCUUGGUGUUGUGAAGUUUGAGGAUCAAGAUGUCAUUCGACCCAGCCCCGCUGUCGAAGACAGCCAAGUACAAGAAGAUCACGAAGCCACUGCUCGAGCGCAAGCGGCGCGCGCGCAUCAACCGGUGCCUCGACGAACUGAAGGACCUCAUGGUUGGAGCUUUGGAGAUCGAUGAUGACAACCUGAGCAAGUUGGAAAAGGCUGAUAUCCUUGAAUUAACCGUUAAUCACUUGACUAAGUUGCACAGCCCGAAAGAUCCAGUUAUGGAAGCGAAAAAGUUUCAAGCCGGCUUUGGACAGUGCGCGGCAGAAGCGUGCCAGUUUAUCAUGUCCGUUCCUGAUUUAGACUCAAAAGUUAGCCAGAACCUUAUCAGCCAUCUGUCGAGGCUUAUUACGGCGCAGCCUUUGACUAUUCAAGUGCCAGAGCGGCCACCGUUUUCGCCUCCUACAUCGCCAUCGUCGGUAAUUUCCGAUCGUCAUCACUAUUAUAGCGACCACGAUCGAUCAUCCUCUGAUGCGGAAGAUUCGGUUUACUCCGGGGAAAGCGCAUCGAAGCGGUGGUCCAACCCGAGACCGCCCGCUAGGCAGCCCAAGUCCGUCUCCCCGCCGAUGUCCGGUCUGCUUACCACAGUCGAUAAGCUUCCCGCGCCGCAAUACAAUGUUUACGAACAAUUGAAUGUUGGCAACGGACAAAGGAGCGGCGCGUACUUCAACAGAGUCCCGGCCGAGGCUAAAGACGUAAUACUACAAAAAAUCCGGCAGCAUAUAAUGGACAAGCGAGGGAACGACCACGUCGAUGUUAACAUUAGCCCGGAGAUGCCAGAGUCGAAAUAUUUGCAUAGGGAUGACGCAUACAGGGGCGAUUACGCGUACCACUACCCAGCGGGAGUUCCGAGCAACAACGAAACGUUGGACCUAAGAAAAGUGAGGUCACCGGCGAAAUCUGUUAUCAAAGCCGGCUCGCCAGAAAAACCCGUCGCGUACCGCGGCUCCAAUCAAUUAGACGCGACUCCUUCGGCCGAAAACAAAGAGCCGGCCAAUCUUCCGGAACAGUGCCAAUUGCCGAUGGAUUACAACAACUUACCACCUAAAAAGAAAAGGAAGUUGAUUGAGUACCAAGAGUACAAAAAACAAGAGGAGGCGAGACGUCUGGCCGAAGGUUUUUAUGCGGAGAAAAAAGAGUAUUGCGACGGACCUUCAGGAGACGAGCUCGACGCCAACAAGUGGAGGCCGUGGUAAUUCAAGGCAAACAAGGCCCCAUACUGUAGAUCUACACAAAGCCCUAUUUUUUACUAGUUUUGACUGAAUGUGUAUUAAAACAUAGGGCCCUAAUUGUGAUAUUUAGUCUCUUCCAUGACAAAGCUUUAAUUUGUUUUAAUUUAUAUUAUGUACUGUUGGAUAAUUCCAGUUGUGCCUUAGCUAUUUAAGUAAAAAUUGGUAUGCGUAUUGUUAAGUCAGAAUAUUUGAAAUUAUUUAUGUGCCAUUAUUUUGAUCUCGUCUUCCGAAUGUGACGCGAUGUCUUCCAAAUGCAUGAGAUGUUGUAAUGCCCGAGUAGGUAUCAUAUGUGUCUUACGGGCCAUGUGUGGACUUGGUGCUAUUUUUAGAUGCGAUUUGUAACAAUGAAGUUUGUUUGUUAAUGUAACGUAAUAAUUAAAUUUAUUGAUUGAGUA